AUGGUUUCCGCACGCCGCACCCGAAUCCACAAGCCAGAGCACAACCCGCACAAGAAGAAUGCCCACUCGAUCCGACAGCGAAUCGAGAGGAGCAGAGAACGCCGUGUGUACAAAGAGUUGCAAGGAGAAGAUAUGGUCAUCGGGGUCGCUGUCCCGGAGUCGACCUGCGAAUGCUGCGAGAACAAAUCCGCACCAGUGGCAAAGACCACGGAGAUGGAAUUCGAUGCCAACGGCUUUCCCUUCGUAAAGAAAAGCUUUUACGGUACCUCGCUCAGUCACUGGGCCCAUCUUCCAGGUCCUCCUCCCAAGCGAUACAACAGCGUACCACCACCGGACUGGACAUCUGAAGCCGAAUACAAGCCUUUCCCGUUUCUCAAGCUGCCUGCCGAGCUUCGAAACCGCAUCUACGAGCUUGUGGUCAAGCAGGAAACGCAGCCAGUCUGCGUCAAUGACAACUUGCUCCGUCCCUCGACCGAUAUGCCAGAUCUGAACGACGUGCUGCACACCUGCACGGCGGACUUGGUGUGCGCGCCAUGCCAAAUUCACGAAGCCCUUGGAACUGGCUCCCUAGCGCUCUCCAGCGCCUGCGUGCAGCUGCACUCAGAGACCCUCCCGAUCACCUACAAGGUGAACCACUUCUCCGUCCACAACCUCUACUACCUGCAAGCCUUCCUCACCAUCAUCGGCGACGCCGGCCGCAAGAGCGUGAAAUCCCUGCGCUUCGACUGGAAACUCCCCGAGGACGAAUCGCACGCGCUCGACACCUUCGCCGACUCCCCCACCGCCUACAUGCUGCUCCUCCAGUGCAAGCAGCUCACCACGCUCUGGAUCGACCUGGACGUGGUGAACCUGCUCUCCUGGGGCGAGGACGGGGAGCGCAACGGCGUCGUCAAGCGCGACAUGAGCGAGACGAGGGGCAUCGCGCUCAUGUACAGCCUGCGCGGCCUCGAGGAGAUCCGGGUGAGGUGGAAGAACGUGGAGGGGCUCGUGAUGGAGGACUGGGUCAAGGCGAUGAUGGGAGUCUGGCGUCUCCCCCACGGCGCACAGGCGAGUCAAUACACCCCGGUGGAGGCCGAGGUGACCCUGGAGAACAAGGAGGAGUGGCGCUGUGUAUUCUGGAAGAAGAAGGGAGAAUGCCCUUCCAUCCCCAAGAGUCAUCAUUCAACCAACCGCCGCAACCCAUACACAGCAGCAUGGACGGACGAGGAACGAUGGGAAUAG